AGGUAUAAUUUCUAAUGAUUUUUAAUUUAGCAUAAUUGUUUCAAUAAGAUUGAAUAAGUUAUAACACUUAUGACUUCAAUUUUGGCACUAGCUGAACAGCAUAGGCAUAGCAUUGUCCUUUUCGUACGUAUAUGUUCGCCAAGAAUACUCUUUGGAUAACUGGAACUAGACCUAUAGGGCGAAGGAAAAUAGGCCUAUAGCUUUCACUAAGCACGAUCAAGAUCCGUCAUAUUUGCGAUCCGCCUUUUGUUUUUUCUCACAAAAAAGGUCGAGAUUGUUCAGCUUGACAAAAGCCUAGUUGUGUCAUGAUAGAAGCCUACAUCCUCCCACCGAUAAACACAAACCGGAAAAGGUGCAACCGAACUUUUCGAAUCCCAUGCGUACAACUUAAACACAAUGCAAUUCCGACGAUCAUUUUCAAACUUUCCGGGAAAAUGUAAAACAUGCAAAGAUGAAAAUGUCUUAUCAAUUUUGUCAAUUAUGAUUGAGGCAUCAGAUAAUUAGCUAAAUUACUCGAGAAACGAUGUGAGCCCCGGAUUGUAUGGGGCAGCUUGGUCCGACCUCAUAAGCGUUCCAUUUUCCUUGCGCUGACAACGACUGAAAUAACUACAGCAAUACAAAAUUUGACACUAUCUUGUAGCCACUUUUUACUGAUGGAAAAGUAUGCCAACCAAGUUGAUAGUGCGUACAAAUAAAGCCUUAAAUUAACCCUAUAUUUAACUGUAUUAGUUUACUUUUACUACUUAUAGCUAUUAUCUUGUUAACGAUCGUUGGUUCAAGCCGCACCAGCGCUAUAUACUACACGAUACGCGUAAUAGAAUAUAAAACGAAGUUACAUUUGGAUUAUGAUAGCUAACUUUGGUCUAUUUCUAUAUUAUUUAUUUAAGAUUUUUAUUCAUAAAAUGAGAUCCUGUACAAAAUGCGUGCUAUUAUACGUUAGAGAGGUCUCCGGCUCAGAUUUGUGCCCUAAUGCUAAAAUUUGUUAAUCAUAUCAAUAGCACAGAGUUGUUUUAGCAGUGUUAGCUAUAUACACUCACUGACUUCUACGCAGCGGGUAGUAUGAUGGCUUAGGGAGACAGUUCCGCCCCACUGGACUAAGAGAUUCGAGCUACAAAUUAUAAUAAGUGUUAUAUCGAUUCCCCCCCCUCCCCCCAAUUAGUUCCGUAUAAUUGCCGGUUCUUCCUAUCGGUAGUAGCACGAACGAAUAGUUCCGGAGAUUCUAUGCUCAGACAAGCCAUGAAGGUCGUUCGUUGGUGAAGACGAAGCACCGCGUGCUGGGCCCUUAAUGUCUUUAAUUGCUGAACGAGGUUAUCCUCUGUUACACACGCAGAUAUCCCACAUUUAAAUUCAACAGAGAAAGUACGACGAAAAGUACAACGAUCAUACAGUUUUUCUAAUAAAUUUGGUGCUACUAUACUGACAUAAUGCUCAUGGAUGUGGCCAGUUCCGAGAAUGCUCUUACCCGAGAAGAUCUACUCAAGGAACUGCGGCGACGUAUGAAAUCUUCUAUGAGAGUGCUAAACAUUCGCAGGCCAAAGACAGUAACGACCGUUCAAUAUGCUCUGCGGUCGUUCAUUAAGCGUGAAUCGCGACUUCCCCUCGACCGGUUUCCAAGAGAACAGUUUAUAACACAGCAGGUCAUUCUUGUUGGAAGUUUCGCGCUCCGAGGUUUACAGGACAGCACUUUGACCUUUCUUGACCUUCGGGAAGAUCUCGGAAAUCUAGUUUACCUCCUGGAUUACUUAAACAUCCGUUUCCCGCGAGAAGCAGUCAUUCUCCAAACUUAUAUCUAUACGUUGCUUGCUAUCACUGACGAAAUAUGUGGACUGCUUGAAAAAGCUGCCCAGCUCAAGUUGCGUGGUAACUUUGAAGUUGACAUUCAGGUCACACGAACGGAUUGGCAAGCGGUGAAGUCGACCUUUCAGUAUACGGACCAGCCGCAACACAUAAAAAUCGAAUUAUGCGUUCCUAAGCUCCACGAUAUUGAACCCUUACGCCUCCUGGGCGCUGGGGGUUUCGGGGCAGUUUACAAGGUACGAAUCGGAGGUGUAACAAUGGGCGGGAAACUCAUUCCGGUCGAGCGUAUGCAUGCACCAAGACACGCCUGCAUCGAUAAGGUUGUAGCGUCAAUGAUUAAUAGCCCAUACCUCGUUAAAUACAACUCGUGUUUUGCUACGGAUAAGGCAUACGUCACACUGAUGGAAUACAUUCGAGGCGUGGAUCUUAAUCGAAUCAUUAAAGUUGGGGAACCGAUCGACGACACAGUUUGUGCAGUUAUUUUAGCUCAGCUCGGUCUUGCUGUUCAGUACCUACACUUCCGAGGCUUUAUUCACAGGGACAUCAAACCUACAAAUAUGAUGGUGCUUCCCGGCGGUCGUAUGAAACUUAUUGACCUCGACACAUGUAAAGUAUGCACUUCCCUUUACGCUAACGGUUAUACACGAACGUUCCGUAGGAGGACCUUUGCUGAGUUCAACGAUAUGGAGUCGGUUGGCACUCGUGUGUUCCUAUCGCCGGAAAUCCUAUCCCUUGAACCGUACGGGCGGGCAACCGACUGGUGGGCAGUCGGAGUCACCGCUUAUGUGAUGGGAACGGGCAAACUUCCCUUCCGCGGAAGCGAGGAGGAGGCAAAAAGGCUAAUCAAGGAUGUGGAAUACCGUUCGCCAAACGAACGGCCAGCGCUCAAACCACUUAUUGAGCGACUACUGCAGAAGAACCCCCGACGGCGCAUAAGCUCCGCUAGAUUCGAGGAAUACCAACAGCAUCCAUACUUUGAGGAUGUCGAUUGGUCACGGCUUGAUGAGACAAACGUGUGUGAAAUAAAAGUAAUGGACCAGCUGAUGAAGAUAACCGAAGAGGGCGAAUGGUCGGCGUUAGAGUUAAGAAAAAAACGGAGGCAGAAGAAAGAAAGAAAAACGAGACUUACUUUUGCCGAAAUUUCCGAUAUCGAGAAACACCGAGGUAUCUAUACCUAUUUUACGGAACCUUUCCGUGAAUUGCUGCGAGAAUUGGCUGAUGGGGUCGAGCAACCUAAAACCAAACUCGCUGAAGAGCCGUACGACUUACUGGCCAGCUUCACCGAAAGGCGACAGCGUGCUUCGUAUAGAUUCAAGGCGUUCUUGCGAUGGAAAACAAGGCCCGAAGAUGGCAAGACGAUUUCUCUUUCCACGACAACAAUUUCAAAAUCAGAAGAUUAGAAAAAUCUGGGAGAGCUUUUUUUUUUUAGCAUCUAAAAUAUAUUUGAACCGUUUGAACUUUAACGAUUUUCUCUAAAGCGACAAA